AUGUUAAAGGAUUUGGAAUAUCCCCAAUAAUUAGUCAUAACUCCUUAUUUAGCUUCUAAUUCUGUUGGCUAUCACAAAGAAUAUCCAAAAUCUUUGUAUAAGCAAGUCUUUGAACCUGACAUUAUUAUGAAACCAAACUAUAAAGCAAUCAAAAUAUUUGAUCCUUAAGAACUUGUAAGACAUUUGCAAAAAAAUUUUCCUUUGAUUAGGAAAAACAUUUUGCAGUUCGAUGACUAAAUGAAAAAAUUAAAUUUAACUUUUGGACAUAUGAUAGUAAAUGGUAUUAUAUAUUUAAAUAUAUCAGGUUUUCACAUUGAUGAUUUCUUGAAGAAAUUCUUUUUUGUUUUAGAUAAAAGAUUGCAUAAAUUUUUUGAUCAUCUUGACUAAAGUGUUUUCAAAUUGGAUGGAAAAUAAUCAUAAGAAUUAAUUCCAGGUGAUUACAGAAUAGGAGAUACUAGACAACAUAUUAGAUAAAAGUUAAUUGAUAUGUCAAAUGAUCUUGUAACUAAGUUUGCUUCCAGAAAAACUCCUUAAGAAUAUGAUAGAGAAGUCAUUAAGAAAAUAGAUUAAAUAUUAAGAGUUUAUGAAUUAUUGAAAUAUGAUUAAGGAUGGCAUUUUAUCAUAAAUAUCACAAAAUUCAAUCUAGAAGAUUUACUAGAAAGAGUUUGUAAUAACGAUCUCACAUAAUUUUCAAAAAUUGAUGAAUUGAUUGAGUCUAUGUUUCUUAUAUCCAUGAAAUAAAUUAAAGAUGCAACCGAACAUGAAAAUACAAGUCCACUCUUUGUUUUUAAUAAAGAUGUAGUAUUGUCUAAGUAAAUUAUUAAUUUUAUAUUAGAUUUCAUUCUAUUAUUAACGAUAGAACAGAUCCUUAAAUGUCAACAGAUGAUUUGUAUUAUGUAAGUAAAACUGUAUGUAUGAGGGAUAGAAGAAUCAUUUACAACGAAUUUUAUAAUUAAAUUAAUAAGGAACUUAAAGAAAUUGCUCCUGAAUAUUUUUAGUUUGCUACAACAGAGAAGAGUGAGUAUUUAAAGAAAAGAGAAGAACUUCAUAAAAAAUUAUUAAAAAUUUAAAAUGAUUGGGAAUCUUUAAAGGAAGAUGAAAACUACUAUCUAAUUUUAGAGGACAGAAUUAAUGAAGAGGAUUUAAGAAAAGUUCCAUUAACAAGUGAACAAUAGUUACAAUAAUUAUAAAAAUUAAAUAUCUUUGCAAAUAAAGCUUCCAACCUAUAAUAUGAUGCAGUCACUUUAUUUAAAGACAUUUUGGAUCAUAAAGAUAACUCAAAACUCUUAAUUGAAAGUAAACUUCAAGAAGCUUUGGAAAAGGCAAAAUAAUUUUAUAAUAAAAUGACACCUGGCAGAGCACCAUAGUCAAAUUAAAUAAAAUAGCAUGUAGAUAGUCUUUAUAGUGAAUUAAUAAUUUUGUUAAAUUCAGAUAUAUCCAAAUACUAAGGAUAGAUGUCUCUAACUGAUAAAUCAAUUGAACAAUAACUUGCUAAAAACAAACAAAAUCCUUAUUUAUAAUAAGUAUCAAAAGAAAUUCAAAGAUAACAGCAUGUUAGAGAUCAUAUGUAAAAAGAAUAAGAAAAUGAAAUGAAAAAAAGAUCUGAAUUAGUUAAUGAGUAGAUUGAUCUCAUGAUAAGAUAACAAUAUUAGCGAGAUCUCUUUAAAGAAGAUGGAUCAACAAGACCAACCUAACCUGUAAAUGCAGGUAAAAUUAUGGAAGGAAGUUCAAUUACUAAUGAACAUUAUUAUGAAAAAAAAGUUGCCAACUAUCAAAAACCUGAGUAAGAAGCAGGUAAAUAUGAGAAGAAGAUAAAUAACAAUAAGGGUUAAAAUGUUUCUAGCCUCAGUAGAGAUGUUUAUGUUGCUUCCACACCAUAAUAUUAUGUUGAUAAAAUUAUGGGAUAACCUGUAAGCUCUGAAUAAUUAAGAGAACAAUUAUAAAAUAAAUAUAAUCAACCACCAAAAAAAAAUGACCCUUAUAAAGAAAUACCUAAAUAAGAACCCCCUAAAAAGCCUGACCCUCCUAAAGAAAUUCCUAAAUAAGAACCACCAAAAAAAGCAGAACCUCCUAAAGAAAUCCCCAAGAAAGAACCAAAUAAAAAGCCAGAUCCUCCUAAAGAAAUUCCUAAAUAAGAACCCCCUAAAAAGCCUGAUCCUCCGAAGGAAAUUCCUAAAUAAGAACCCCCUAAAAAGCCUGAUCCUCCUAAAGAAAUUCCUAAAUAAGAACCACCAAAAAAAGCAGAACCUCCUAAAGAAAUCCCAAAGCAAGAACCACCAAAAAAGGCAGAACCUCCCAAAGAAAUUCCUAAACAAGAACCCCCUAAAAAGCCUGAUCCUCCUAAAGAAAUCCCUAAAUAAGAACCACCAAAAAAGCCAGAUCCUCCUAAAGAAAUCCCUAAACAAGAACCCCCUAAAAAGCCUGACCCUCCUAAAGAAAUUCCUAAAUAAGAACCACCAAAAAAGCCAGAUCCUCCUAAAGAAAUCCCUAAACAAGAACCACCAAAAAAGCCAGAUCCUCCUAAAGAAAUCCCUAAACAAGAACCCCCUAAAAAGCCUGACCCUCCUAAAGAAAUUCCUAAAUAAGAACCACCAAAAAAGCCAGAUCCUCCUAAAGAAAUCCCUAAACAAGAACCACCAAAAAAGCCAGAUCCUCCUAAAGAAAUCCCUAAACAAGAACCCCCUAAAAAGCCUGACCCUCCUAAAGAAAUUCCUAAAUAAGAACCACCAAAAAAGCCAGAUCCUCCUAAAGAAAUCCCUAAACAAGAACCCCCUAAAAAGCCUGACCCUCCUAAAGAAAUACCUAAAUAAGAACCACCAAAAAAGCCAGAUCCUCCUAAAGAAAUCCCUAAACAAGAACCCCCUAAAAAGCCUGACCCUCCUAAAGAAAUUCCUAAAUAAGAACCACCAAAAAAGCCAGAUCCUCCUAAAGAAAUCCCUAAACAAGAACCACCAAAAAAGCCAGAUCCUCCUAAAGAAAUCCCUAAACAAGAACCCCCUAAAAAGCCUGACCCUCCUAAAGAAAUUCCUAAAUAAGAACCACCAAAAAAGCCAGAUCCUCCUAAAGAAAUCCCUAAACAAGAACCCCCUAAAAAGCCUGACCCUCCUAAAGAAAUACCUAAAUAAGAACCACCAAAAAAGCCAGAUCCUCCUAAAGAAAUCCCUAAACAAGAACCCCCUAAAAAGCCUGACCCUCCUAAAGAAAUACCUAAAUAAGAACCCCCUAAAAAGCCUGACCCUCCUAAAGAAAUCCCUAAAUAAGAACCACCAAAAAAACCUGAUCCUCCUACAGUAGUUCAUAAGCAAGAACCACCAACAAAAGCAGAACCUUCUAAAGAGAUCCCAAAGCAAGAACCCCAUAAGAAACCUGAGCCAUAAAAAUAUAUGGAAUAACCAAAUCAGAAACAAAAAAACGUUGAUCCUUAUGCAAUUGAUUUCGCUGAUAAUGAUGAUCUUGAUGAUGAUGAAUUUGAUAAUGACUAUAAUCCAAAAGCUUAAUAAUUUUUAUAAUAAUAGCAACCCUAGAGAGGUAUAUUUACAAAUUUAUAUAGGACUUAAUUAAUAUCAAUAGCCUUCAAUAAAACCAGGAAAUGAUUUCAAUUUAGACUCUGAGGAAGAUAAUUAGAGGCCAUAAAAUUUAAAUGAAAUAUUAUAACCUGAUGAAGAAGGGGAAGAGAUUGAUUAGAUUCUUAUAACUCCAGAAAAUUUGCCAAUAAUAAAUAAAUACACUAAAGGAACCAAAUUUGGGAAGUCUACACCAAUAACAAUUUAAGAAUUCAAUACUUUUGAUCAUGUUAUUUAAUUAUUUGAAGAUUUUAUUAUUUAAGAUGAAGCUUAUUUUUUAGAUUUUGAUGAAACUGGAUAAGUAUUGUUCAUUUUUGAAAAAUUACUUUCUUAAGAAGAACCUUAAGAGGAAAUUGAUGAAAUAGAAAAAUAUAUUUAGGCUAAAUUUUUUGAAAAAACUUAAAGAACAAACUUCGGUGAGUAAAGAAAUUUUUUCCCAUUUGAGGAUAAUCCAUUUUUAUUCUAUCUUAUAGAGAAGGAUCCCCUUUAAAAAUAAUUAAUAUUAUAUUAUGAUGAAUAGCCAAAAGAAGAUCAUAUGGGGGAGGAAUUUAGUUAAUUUUUGAGCAUCUUCCAAUAACUAUUCUUAUGUGAAGAGUAUGAAAUUUCUCAAGCUCUUCUUCCAGCUUAAUCAAAAAAAAAGCUUGAUUCCUUUGGACCUGAUGGCAAAUAUUUAAAAUAUAUGCUUACAGUUUUUACAAUUAUUUAUGAACAAUAAGCUAAUUAGGGAGACAUAAUUAUUAAUGAUGACACUAUUGCAAGAGCCUUUUGGGCUCUACAUUAAGCUACAGAAUUAUACACAUUAUUACAGGAAAAUGAGGAAGAUGUUAGAAAUGCUUUUGUUGAUAUUUUAUAAUAGGCUCAAAAGAAUGAUAAAACUGUUUAAAUUGCAACAAUAGAAGAGCCUUACUCAAAAUAAGGGAUUGAAAAUUUAUAAUAGGUAACACCUAUAAAUUAUUAUUUUAGCAAGUAUAAGAGAUUUAUUAAGAUUUUCUAUAAAAUAAAGCUAUAAAACAAUCCUUUUUCUCAAUAGAUAUUAUAAUUCAACAAGAAUAAAAAUAUUGUUUAUAUGUGCAUUUACAAAAGGUUGCUUAACUUAAUUUUCUUAAAGUAUGAACAUUAGAUUUAUCUAGAUAUUUACUUUGUAAAGUUAUGGAGAAUUAAAUUAAUAAAUGUUAGAAUUUUUAUUAAUGGAUGAUGGCUUGUUUACAUAGAAAGUCUAUAUGGAUUUUCCAAGACAUAAUUUCUUCUAAGAAUAUAGUGAAGUAACACUAGGUGCUUUUUACCAUCUUGUAGUUAAGAAAAAUUUAAAGCCAGAAGAGGCUAUGGUUAAUUUAGUUUUCUCACUAGUUCCAUAUAAUCUAAUUUUUACAAAAUAAGAAUGA